CGGCGCUGGUGGAGGACCUGGCGGCGCAUGCCAGGCUGCUGGGGACACCGGAGAGGGCGCAGGUCCUGCUGGCCGCGCUGCAGCACCCGCUGCUGUCCGAGCCCGCCUGCGCCCGGCAGCUGCUGCCGCGGCUGGCUGCCACCGUCAUGGCCGCCCCGCCCCUGGUGCGCAGCUGGCUGGUGCGCUGGUGGGCAGAGUACCCAGGCCCCCUGCUUGAGAGCCGUGUGGUGCAGCCGCUGCAGGCCUUCCUCACCCGGGAGCUGGGGGCAACCAAGAAGCUGACGACCCCCGUCAUGAACGUGAUCAAGGUGCUGGCUCGCGUGGAGGAGGCUGCCAGCCUGAGCCGCUCGCUGCCGCCCGAGGCCUUUUACAACACCCUCAUCAGCGAGAAGCUGGACGUGCAGGACCACUACACGGCGUGGAGGCAGGGGCAGGAGCUCGCUGCGGGUCGCGACCCGCCCAAGGAGGCUCCCUUCUCCUUCUGCAGCUACCCCUUCCUGCUCAACGCGCGGGCCAAGUCGCACCUGCUGCACCUGGAGGCCAGGUUCCAAAUGGAGCAGAGUGUGGCGCAUGCCCGCAUGGAGGUGCAGCUGUACGGCGGCAGUGCGGCCGCCAGGAGGCGUGCCGAGGAGGGCCCAGUGCUCGUCAAGACACCUGGCGAUGCCUCCGGCAGCAACAACAGCAGCGGUGGGGACAGGAGCAGCGCAGGAAGCGGCAGGGCCAGCAAUUCUGGUAGCAGGGCGACCUCGGGCGCCCGCAUGGCCCGUCGGGGCUCUUUUGCAGGCGCAUCCCCCUCCUCCGUUUCCCCCUCCUCCUCGACCUGUUCCCCCUCCUCCAGCGCAAUUACCAGCAGCAGUGGCGCAAGUAGUGGCAGCAGUAGCGGCAGUGCGACCCCUGGAACCAGCAGCGGCAGCAGUAGUGUGAUGGGGACUUCCCUUCGCAGCCUGUUCGGUAUGCUGCUGCGGCCUCGCCGCCGGAACAGUGCCAGCGGCGGUGCAGGCGGAGCCGGCAGCGCCGGUGUCCCCGGUUCUGCUGUUGCUGCUGCUGUCACGCCCUCAGGUGCUGGUCGGGGUACGAGCGGUGGUGGUGCCGGUAGGGCGAGCAGCAGCGGUGGCGCACAGGUUGCAGCGCAGCAGCGGCAGGCGGAGGGAGCUAGGUCGCGAUCACGAGGAGCUACUCUGGAGCUCCCCAGCCCCUCCGAGUGCCCCAUGCCGGGUGUGCACAGCGACAUGUGCAUCCUGCGUGUGCGGCGGACCCACUUGGUGGAGGACGCGCUGGCGGAGGUGGGCCGGCAGACGCGGAGGGACCUGCUCAAGCCGCUCAGGGUUCACUUUAUCGGCGAGGAGGGUAUUGACGCGGGUGGAGUGAAGAAGGAGUUCUUCGCGCUGCUGCUGGAGCGGCUGCUCAGCCCGGACUACGGCAUGAUGGCCUACGAUGAAACAACCAGGACAUACUGGUUCCACCCCUCCUCCCUGGAGCCCCCCUCCAGCUACCUCCUGCUGGGCCUGGUGGUGGGUCUGGCGGUGUACAACCGGGUGCUGCUGGACCUGCGCGCGCCGCUGCUGCUCUUCCAGAAGCUGCGGGGGGGCAGGGAGCUGGGGCUGAGGGACCUGGAGGGCUGGCAGCCGGAGCUGGCCAGGGGGCUCAGGGCGCUGCUGGAGUACGACGGACCUGAUCCCAUGGCGGAUGUGUUUGGUCUGACCUUCUCUGUGGACGUGGACCGCUUCGGUCGCAUGGAGUCCCUACCUCUGAAGCCAGGCGGCGAGUCGCUGCCGGUGACGGAGGACAACCGCGCCGAGUACGUGUCGCUGCUGGCGGCCUGGCACAUGGAGGGCGCGGUGGCGGAGCAGUUUGAGGCCUUUGCCGCGGGCUUCAGGGUGC